GUUUGGUUUCAAGAUUACAGCCUAAUCUUUGGUGUUAUUAUAUAUCGUGCUACUGGCUUUAUACAAACUGUUACUUUUAGUCUAGAAAGAUUUAAAUCAGGUCAAUACAUACAUCCCUGUAAUAUUCCCAUCCUCACAGACGUGACUUGAAGUUUUGAAUCGAGCAGGAGUAUUUGGAGUUGCUGCAACUGAACUGAGAAGAAAGUGUGUGUUAAAACUAAAGAGGAGAUUGAGGAGGACUCGCGUGAACCAGAAACCUUGAAGAAUAUAACACGAGGAACAAACAGACCUGAUGGAAGUGAACAAGGUGAGUGAAGAACUGAGUGAAGUGGAGGAGGAACAUUGUGUCAAACCUGGAAAAAAAUGCUCAAAGACUAACAAUACAUUUUUAAAGAAAAGAGACAAGAAAUCAUUCUCCUGCACUCAGUGUGGAAAGAGUUUAACAACCAAAGGAAACCUUAAGUGUCACAUGAGAACCCACACUGGAGAGAAGCCGUUCACGUGUGAUCAGUGCGGGAAGAGUUUCACACAAAAAACACAUCUUAUGGCGCACGUGAAUAUCCACACUGGAGAAAAACCGUUCACAUGUGAUCAGUGUGGGAUGAGUUUCGGUCUAUCAGCAUACCUUAAAGGACACAUGAGGGUCCACACAGGAGAGAAGCCGUUUAUUUGUGAACAGUGUGGAAAGAGUUUCCCACACAAAUAUAGUCUUGUACUUCACAAUAGAGUUCAUACUGGAGAGAAGCCGUUCUCAUGUGAUCAGUGCAGCAAAUCAUUUCUUAGUGCAGGAGCCCUGAAGACACACCUAACAGUUCAUACGAAGGUGAAGCCACAUUCAUGUUCUGUGUGUGGGAAGAGUUUUUCACUGCUGCAAUAUUUAAAAAUACAUCAGAAAACUCAUACUGGUGUGAGAGCUCACAUGUGCUUUGAGUGUGGGAAGACUUUUACUACAGCAACCUGUUUAAAAGUGCACCAGAUUAUUCACACUGGAGAAAAACCUUACAAAUGUUCACACUGCGACAAGAGGUUCAGUCUUUCAGCAAAUCUGAAAAUACACGAGAGGAUCCACACUGGAGAAAAACCUUACAAGUGUUCAUACUGUGACAAGAGAUGUAGUCAUUCAGCAAAUCUGAAAAAACAUGAGAGGAUCCACAGUAGAGAGAAGCUAAACACGUGUGAUCAGUGCGGGAAGAGUUUUGCUUUUAAACGUCACCUGAAGCUACACCUGAAGAUCCAUGCAGUGGAGAAACCACAUGAACGCAGUCUGAGAUCGGGAACAACCAGAAAGCAUCUGGAGGGAAAGGACAGAGAAGUGGAGGUGGAGGAGGAACAUCAUGUCAAACCUGGAAAAAAAUAUUUUAGUCGCUCAAAGACCAAAAAUACAUUUUUAAUGAAAGGAGACAAGAAAUCAUUCUCCUGCACUCAGUGUGGAAAGAGUUACACAACCAAAGGAAGUCUUGAGCGUCACGUUAGGAUCCACACUGGAGAAAAGCCCUUUAAAUGUGAUCAGUGUGGGAAGAGCUUCACUUACAAAGAAAGGCUUGUGUCUCACAUGAGAGUUCAUUCUGGAGAAAAGCCAUACGCAUGUGAUCAGUGUGAAAAUACUUUCUCAAGAAAAGGAAACCUUAAGUGUCACAUGAGAACCCACACUGGAGAGAAGCCGUUCACGUGUGAUCAGUGCGGGAAGAGCUUCUCCAAAAAAACACAUCUUAUGGCGCACAUGAAUAUCCACACUGGAGAAAAGCCGUUCACAUGUGAUCAGUGUGGGAUGAGUUUCGGUCUAUCAGCAUACCUUAAAGGACACAUGAGGGUCCACACAGGAGAGAAGCCGUUUAUUUGUGAACAGUGCGGAAAGAGUUUCCCACACAAAUAUACAACCUGUUUAAAAGUGCACCAGAUUAUUCACACUGGAGAAAAACCUUACAAGUGUUCACACUGCGACAAGAGAUUCAGUCUUUCAGCAAAUCUGAAAAUACACGAGAGGAUCCACACUGGAGAAAAACCUUACAAGUGUUCACACUGUGACAAGAGAUGUAGUCAUUCAGCAAAUCUGAAAAAACAUGAGAGGAUGCACACUGGAGAAAAACCUUACAAGUGUUCACACUGCGACAAGAGAUUCAGUCAGUCAUCAAAUCUGAAAAUACACCAGAAGAUCCACACAGGAGAAAAACCUUACAAGUGUUCACACUGUGACAAGACAUUCAGUCAUUCAUCAUUUCUGAAAACACAUGAGAGGGUCCACACUGGAGAAAAACCUUACAAGUGUUCACAGUGUGACAAGAGAUUCAGUCAGUCAACAAAUCUGAAAAAACAUGAGAUGAUCCACACUGGAGAAAAACCUUACAAGUGUUCACACUGUGAAAAGAGAUUCAGUGAUUCAUCAGCUCUGAAAACACAUGAGAGGAUCCACACUGGAGAAAAACCUUACAAGUGUUCACACUGUAACAAGAGAUUCAGUCAGUCAUCAUAUCUGAAAACACAUGAGAGGAUCCACACUGGAGAAAAACCUUACAAGUGUUCACACUGUGACAAGAGAUUCAGUCUGUCAGCACACCUGAAAACACAUGAGAAGAUCCACACUGGAGAAAAACCUUACAAGUGUUCACACUGUGACAAGAGAUUCAGUGAUUCAGCAAAUCUGAAAACACAUGAGAGGGUCCACACUGGAGAAAAACCUUACAAGUGUUCACACUGUGACAAGACAUUCAGUCAUUCAUCAUUUCUGAAAACACAUGAGAGGGUCCACACUGGAGAAAAACCUUACAAGUGUUCACAGUGUGACAAGAGAUUCAGUCUGUCAACAAAUCUGAAAAAACAUGAGAUGAUCCACACUGGAGAAAAACCUUACAAGUGUUCACACUGUGACAAGAGAUUCAGUCUGUCAUCAUUUCUGAAAACACAUGAGAGGAUCCACACUGGAGAAAAACCUUACAAGUGUUCACACUGUGACAAGAGAUUCAGUCUGUCAUCAUUUCUGAAAACACAUGAGAGGAUCCACACUGGAGAAAAACCUUACAAGUGUUCACACUGUGACAAGAGAUUCAGUCACUUAGCAAAUCUGAAAACACAUGAGAGGAUCCACACUGGAGAAAAACCUUACAAGUGUUCACACCGUGACAAGAGAUUCAGUGAUUCAUCAGCUCUGAAAACACAGGAGAUGAUCCACACUGGAGAAAAACCUUACAAGUGUUCACACUGUGACAAGAGAUUCAGUCAGUCAUCAGCUCUGAAAACACAUGAGAGGAUCCACACUGGAGAAAAACCUUACAAGUGUUCACACUGUGACAAAAGAUUCAAUCAGUCAAUACAUCUGAAAACACAUGAGAAGAUCCACACUGGAGAAAAACCGUACAAGUGUUCACACUGUGACAAGAGAUUCAGUCAGUCAGCAACUCUGAAAACACAUGAGAAGAUCCACACUGGAGAAAAACCUUACAAGUGUUCACACUGCGACAAGAGAUUCAGUCAUAUAACAAAUCUGAAAACGCAUGAGAAGAUCCACACUGGAGAAAAACCUUACAAGUGUUCACACUGUGACAAGAGAUUCAGUCAAUCAUCAAAUCUCAAAACACACCAGAAGAUCCACACAGGAGAAAAACCUUACAAGUGUUCACACUGUGACAAGAGAUUCAGAGAUUCAUCAGCUCUGAAAACACAUGAGAGGAUCCACACUGGAGAAAAACCCUACAAGUGUUCACAGUGUGACAACAGAUUCAGUCAGUCAACAAAUCUGAAAACGCAUGAGAAGAUCCACACUGGAGAAAAACCUUACAAGUGUUCACACUGUGACAAGAGAUUCAGAGAUUCAUCAGCUCUGAAAACACAUGAGAGGAUCCACACUGGAGAAAAACCCUACAAGUGUUCACACUGUGACAACAGAUUCAGUCAGUCAGCAAAUCUGAAAACGCAUGAGAAGAUCCACACUGGAGAAAAACCUUACAAGUGUUCACACUGUGACAAGAGAUUCAGUCAUUCAUCAGCUCUGAAAACACAUGAGAGGAUCCACACUGGAGAAAAACCUUACAAGUGUUCACACUGUGACAAGAGAUUCAGUCAUUCAUCAGCUCUGAAAACACAUGAGAGGAUCCACACUGGAGAAAAACCUUACAAGUGUUCACACUGUGACAAGAGAUUCAGUCUGUCAGGAAAUCUGAAAACACAUGAGAAGAUCCACACUGGAGAAAAACCUUACAAGUGUUCACACUGUGACAAGAGAUUCAGUCUGUCAGGAAAUCUGAAAACACAUGAGAUGAUCCACACUGGAGAAAAACCUUACAAGUGUUCACACUGUGACAAGACAUUCAGUCAGUCAUCAUCUCUGAAAUCACAUGAGAAGAUCCACACUGGAGAAAAACCUUAGAAGUGUUCUCAUUAUGACAAGAGAUUCAGUCUGUCAGGAAAUCUGAAAACACAUGAGAAGGUCCACACUGGAGAAAAACCUUACAAGUGUUCACACUGUGACAAGAGAUUCAGUAUGUCAGGAAAUCUGAAAACGCAUGAGAAGAUCCACAGCAGAGAGAAGCUGGCAAUACUGUAGUGUUAAACAUAAUAGUACACGAGACAGUAAAUCAUCGCAGUUUCUGGGAUGCACGUUCCUUCAUAGAUCAGACUAAUGCGGCAAAGUUUGUAUUAAAAUUUGUUUCUGUGUUUCUAUUGUCUCUCUCUUGGGGAUGUGGCCACAUUCCUUUGAGGUCGCAAAAGUCUGUUAUUGGUGACAUCGCCACUCAGGAUUGGUUUGUUGCCUGAUUACCAGGUGGCCAGUUUCUCUGUAGCUGGCUAAGCGACAUAAAAGCAUAUUGAGUAAACACACAUUUAUAACACAAUUAAAAGAAAUAACUUGGUUCCUGUGAUUACCAACCAUGUCAUUUUUCAGAUGCGUUUUGUUAAUGAGAAUGCUUUUCACUGCUGUAAACUUACGUUUGAGCAUAAACGAUUAACUCUUUCAUGCAUGAAUUAUGAUAUCCUCAAUCGGGGUUUUUGUUCUCAGAGCAUGAAAAACAAUAUUUUAACUUUUUUGUUUACAUUUAUUUUUCAUAAAUAUUCUCAGUCCACUUGAGUGAAUUGUAUGCAUUUAACAAACCAAUUUAACAUGCAUUUUAAU